CACACUGAGCUUUCAGAGGAACUAGGAGAGGCUGACAACACACACGCACACACACACGCACACACACACCGCCCGUUUCCUCGUUCCUUGACUUGCGCUUCAUUCCGCGUCCUGACCGCCGGAGAGUUGAGACUUCCCCCGCAGCAGAGCGCACUGAGCAGUGAUCGGACCGGCGGUGUGGUGAGAGAAGAUGAUUCCCGUGCUGAUCUGUGCGUUGAUCUCAUUGAGCGUAGCAGCCAAUGAUUUAGACAUUCUGUACCCUGAGCUGGAGCACUCGAGGACCAUCUAUGUCACAGAGAACGGUCCUCGACUCUCGGUGGCGGCGGAACAGUUGAAGGUUGUGUCGAGGCGAGGAGGGAACGCUACGCUACCAUGCAAGAUCCGAAUGGACCGAUCCCUGACGCCCAGCCGGAAGAUGAGGAUCAAAUGGACCAAGCUGACGUCAGACUACCUGAAAGAGGUGGACGUAUUUGUCGCCAUGGAUUACCACAAAAGGAGUUACGGCAGUUUCCAUGGACGCGUCCACCUGCAGGGCUCCUCCCCCAUGGACGCCUCGCUGGUCAUCACAGAGCUCACCCUGGAGGAUUAUGGGAGAUACAAGUGUGAAGUCAUCGAUGGGCUGGAAGAUGGAACAGUGGUGGUGUCCCUCGACCUGGAAGGCGUCGUCUUCCCCUACUUCCCCCGCCUGGGUCGCUACAACCUCAACUUCUACGAUGCUGAGCGGACGUGUCGGGACCAGGACGCCGUCGUGGCCUCCUUCGACCAGCUGCACGAGGCAUGGCGAGGGAAGCUGGACUGGUGCAACGCCGGCUGGCUGAGCGACGGCUCGGUCCAGUACCCCAUCACCAACCCCAGAGAACCCUGCGGAGGCAAGAACAUGCUGCCGGGCGUCCGCAACUACGGCCUGAGAGACAAAGAGAAGAACCACUACGACGUGUUCUGCUUCACCUCCCACUACCAAGGUCGGUUCUACUACCUGAUCCACCCGUCUAAGCUGACCUACGACGAGGCGGUGAGGGCGUGCCAACAGGACGGCGCCCAGAUCGCCAAGGUCGGCCAGAUGUACGCCGCCUGGAAGCUGCUGGGCUACGACCGCUGCGACGCCGGCUGGUUGGCCGACGGCAGCGUCCGUUACCCCGUGUCCCGCCCCCGCCAGCGCUGCAGCCCCACGGAGGCCGCCGUCAGGUUCAGCGGCUUCCCCGACAAAAAGCACAAGCUGUACGGAGCGUACUGCUUCAAGGGCCACAACUGAGCCACACACACACACACACACACACACACACACACACACACACAUCGGCAUGCACACACACACACAUUCAUACACUAGUGGACACACAAGUGGACAAAGAGACAUGAACAAACACAUUCAAACUGUGAUGCUUUAUUUACAUGGAAACCUUUAGACAUUGUUAGCUGAUACUCUCUGAAGGAUAGUUUACACAUAUUUAAGGUUCAUAUUAUUUAAUCAAUGCCUUUGGAGGAGGGGGGGGGGGCAUGCUGUCUUUAAAUGGACAUGUCACAUGUCAUAUGAGCAGAAAGGACUGAGCUGAGAACAGUUUCACAGCUAAAAGGACUCACGGUCAGACGGAUACUUUGGGCACUUAUCUUGUUUUGUUUGAGGAGAAAGAGAGAGAUCAUGUGACCUGUGAUAUCAUCAGGUAGGAACACAAAGUCUCGCACGACUUAACCGAUGUUCACCGACCGUACGAGACAAAAGGUGCUACGACCGGUUCUGUGUACUUCAUCAGUAUUUUACGUUUUUGUACGAAUGUGUUCGGACCAAACAUCUCCACCAUAAUGAAUACGGGGAAAAAAUACAACAUUGUUUAUGUUUUCUAAGUAGAAUGUUAUUAUCUAGAAAUGUACUUCUGUUUAUGACUAUUUCUUUUUAUAUACUGUAGAAAUAUUUACAUUAUUAUUGUUUUUGUCUUAUUGGCCAAACUCUCCAAAUGUCUGGUUUACAUGAAGCGGAACAAACGCAGAAACUCCACAACACAGAAAAAAGAAGAUUUGAUCUUUGCACUGAACAUGUAGACGAGUAGUU